AUGGAUAACGUAAACACCAAACCAAAAGAGAGGACGAAGCAGGAGGAGGCCCGAGAGCACUCGAGCAGCGGGCGCACUCGGGGGUACGCGAGGAGCAGGGGUACGCGUGGCCGGGGACUUGUAAGGGGCAUUAGCUGGCCCCCUCUUGAGAGCAUGGGGUCGGGGGAUGCAUCACCACAGGCGCCCGCAUCUAACGUCUUGACGGAGACGGAAAGGGGUGAGGACGCGCCGCUACAGGAGGCGCCCGACGAGGCACCCUUGCAACAGCAGCAACAGCAGUCACUGCAGGGGAAUAAGCGGAAGGGGGACGAGCUGACGCCGCCCGAGAACAUAGUGUACUCGGACGGAGAGCUCUCUCUCCCGUACAGGUCCGGGGCAGAAGAUGCAAACACGCAGCGCAAAGCUGCGUCCACCGAGGGGGAGGGAAAGGGGACCGUAAUCCUCUCAGACGAGGAAGAAGCACCACGACCGCCUAUGGGAACCCGCCCAAGACGCAAGAGGUGCACGGCUACCGCCAAGGUAGCGUACCUGGAGGACGACUCCGACACGGGGGAGACCGAUUCGGUGUGGAGCGCGAAGGAUACGAACCCGUGGGUCACUAAGAAAGCACCGGCGGGUAGACAGAAAAAGGGCAAAGCUGCGGCUCGGCUCCAGGAAGAAACCCCGCAGGGGACGGGGCCUGUGGAAUACAGGCUCAUGACGGCAUCGGACCUCGGGGCCCAGAUAACGGAGUGGCUCGAGGAUAUAGAUGCCAUAAGGGGAAAAUGCAAGUUGCAGGGUCAAGUGAGUAGCGAGAUAAAGAGCAGGGUGGCCUUGGCGAAGGAGGCCCUGCUCACGAUGACCGUGAAAGCGGAGGCGGCAGGCGAUCCCGCCCUCCUGCGGGCGCGCAAUAAUGACCUAGAGGCCCAGCUGCGUGACGCCCGUCGGGAAAGGGACGAGCUCCAGCUGGAGCUAGAAAAAAACCGGCACGACCAAGAGAGGGCCGGAGUGGACGCUAGGAACCGCACGACGGUCUCCUAUGCGCAGGUCGCUAGCAGGGGCUCGACGACAAGUGCCGACGAACGACUACCGGGAGCCGUCCGAAAGACGACGGCUCUUGAUCUUGGGGUGGCCGCGAGAAGCGAGGUCGAGGCAAUCGAGGUGCCGACGACGGCGGCAUCAGCUGGUACCUCAGAGUUUGAGUUCCGCCUAACGGGGUCUCAACUCGAACUCAUCCCGGACAACGACAGGGCCAGGAACGAGGAGCUGGCCAGGCAGGCUGAGGCGCUGAAACAGGUGCGGGAAGAGGUGAAUAGGAUAUCCCGCUUGCUCCUCAGUGCCACGAGCGGGGGAGGAAGAGCCCACCCAAAUCCCCCCCAUGGUAUGGGCAGCCACGCUGGUGGGACCGCACAGGGGAUGCACACAGCGCAAACCAGCUGCGUGCAAGCCACCGCAGAGGGAGGACAGCGGCUCUCGGAGGACCGAGGUACGAGCGACCCUCCGAUGGAGGUCGAAGGUAGCACUGGUGCACGGGACCGCAGAAGCGGUACCAACAAGACGAGGAAGGGGAAGCCGCCUGGGGGAGAGACGUCGAGCGGCGCAAUACCGGAGGCCGUACAGACUUCCCCAACAGAGGCCCCGGGGCGCACAGGGGGGACCGGACCCAGCGCGGUCCGCCGUAGAGCCCCAAGGGGUGCAGCUGUGGCCAUCAAGGGCAAAGGAGAGAACGUCCGCUACGCGGAAAUUCUCAAAUUUGCCCGCGAAAAGAUACAGCUCGAGGAGCUGGGUAUAGGAGAGACCAGGAUACGGCGGGCAGCCAACGGGGGGGUUCUCAUCGAGAUUCCCGGGCCCGAAAAUGCAAAGAAGGCCGACGCCCUGGCAGUGCAGUUGACCAGGGUGAUCGCGGUGAGAUAUGGCGACACGGUCUCAGUGACAAGGCCGGUUACCAAGGGCGAGCUGAGAGUGCAGGGCCUGGAUGGCUCCAUGUCCAGUGGGGAACUGGCUGGCAUCCUCGCUGAGCAGGGUGGCUGCAAACCGGAUGAGAUCCGCGUGGGUGUCCCGAGAGGGACACCCAACGGGCUAUUCAGCGUGUGGGUGCAGUGCCCUUUGAGGGCAGCCACGAUUAUCGCAUCAAAGGGUAAGAUCAGGAUUGGCUGGGUCACGGCCAGGGCGGUGCUGCUGGAUGCGCGCCCCAGGCAGUGCUUUAAGUGCUGGGGAUUUGGCCGUAUAGGGAGUGCGUGCAAAGAGCCGACAGAACGCCGGGCAGCGUGCUACAGGUGCGGUACCGAAGGCCACCAGGCACGUGACUGUGCGGCCAAACCUAAAUGUGCGGUGUGCCAAGAGAGUGGGAAAGAUAGCGCCCACAGGAUGGGUUCCGGACGCUGCGCGUCCGUAGGCGAACGGGGUCGGAGGCCCGCAACCAAUCCCAGCGAAAAUGGCCAAGUGUGUCCAGAGUAA